AACAAAGGCACAGAGUGCUAGAUAUAAGAACAAAUGCCGAUGAUUUUCGGUUUGAUUCUUGUACAUGUCAUUUCUAUUUUUUUUUCCUUGCAAAAAGUUUCUUUUGCGGUUGAUAGCAUAAGUCCCUUCUUCAAUAUAAGCGACGGCAAAACUUUAGUUUCUAAAGAAGGAAUCUUUGAGUUGGGUUUCUUCAGUCCAGGCACUCCCACGAAUCGUUACGUGGGAAUUUGGUACAAGAAAAUCCCGGUUCGAAAGGUCGUUUGGGUUGCAAACAGAUGCAGCCCAAUUAAUGAUUUCUCCGGCGUGUUGACCAUAAACAGCACAGGCAAUCUUGUGCUUCUGAAUCAGAACAAGAGUGUUGUGGUGUGGUCUACAAACUCGUCGAAAAAAGUGAAGAAGCGUCCGAUAGUAGAGCUCCUAGAUUCUGGGAAUCUUGUAUUGAGAGACGAGGAAGAUAGAAAUUUAGAGAGUAAUUAUUUGUGGCAAAGCUUUGACUACCCUGCAGAUACAUUCUUACCCGGUAUGAAAUUUGGAUGGGACAUCAGAAAAGGUCUUAAUAGGAAAUUUUCAGCAUGGAAAACUUGGGACGACCCUUGUCCAGGAGACUUGAGUUAUGGCUCGGCGGUUAAACUUGACAUUUAUCCGGAAGCAUACGUAUGGAAGGGCACGGAAAUAUACUACCGCUCUGGACCGUGGAACGGCAUUGGUAUUAGUGGUUUGCCAUUGUUAAAGCCUAAUCAACUUUUUGAUACCCACUUUGUUUACAAUGGGUACGAGCUUUAUUGCAUGUACAACCUCAAGAUCAACUCGGUAAGCACAAGAAUUGUCAUGAACCAAACAAAUAGCGCAUUUCAGCUACUUAUAUGGAUGGAAGGAGGCCGGAGUUGGAAGCUAUACGGUUCAGCUCCUCAGGAUGAUUGUGAUAUCUAUGGCCGCUGCGGAGCCAAUGGGAAUUGUGUCAUAAGUGAGAAUGCAGUGUGCCAAUGUUUGAACGGAUUUAAGCCUAAGUCCCAACAAAGAUGGGAUUUAAGGGAUUGGUCUGAAGGAUGCGUCCGCAAAUCUCCGCUGAAUUGCCAGGAUGGAGAAAGAGACGAGGAAAAGCAUAAAGAUGAAGAUGGUUUUGUCAGACUUGUUGGAAUAAAAAUGCCAGAUACGAGAAAUACUUGGUUCAACGACGGUAUAAAUCUAAAGGAAUGCAGGGCCAAAUGCUUGAGCAACUGCUCAUGUUCGGCUUAUUCAAACCGCGAUAUCAAAGGAUAUGGAAAGGGGUGUCGUAUCUGGUUUGGCGGUCUUAUGGACAUGAGAGAAAUUUCUGACAGUGAACAACCACUAUAUGUUCGAAUACCAGCUUCGGAACUAGGAAUAGCAAGAGCAGCUCGUAAGUUGAGAGCAAUAAUAGUUGUAUCAGUUGUUGGAUCACUUUCUGGGAUGCUCUUAGUUGGGUAUUACAUCUUCAGGAAAACAUUAAAAGGGAGAAAUAGAAAAACAACUCGAAAAAACAAGGCAAAAGAGGAAGACUUUGAGCUGCCAUUGUUCAGCCAAGAUACAAUUAGUAUUGCCACAAAUAAUUUCUCCGUAAACAUCAAGCUCGGAGAAGGUGGUUUUGGACCUGUAUAUAGAGGUAUGCUGGAAGAUGGUCAAGAGAUUGCUGUGAAGAGGCUCUCAUUGAGCUCUCGCCAAGGAAUAAAUGAGCUUAAAAAUGAAGUAAUACUAAUUGCCAAGCUUCAGCAUCGUAAUCUCGUAAAACUUCUUGGUUGUUGCAUUGACAAAGAAGAAAAAUUGUUGGUUUAUGAAUAUAUGCCCAACAAAAGCCUGGACUGUUUUAUUUUUGAUAAGGAGCGAAGUAAAUUAUUACAAUGGCCAAAGCGUUUUGAAAUUAUAUGCGGUAUUGCUCGAGGGCUUCAAUAUCUCCACCAAGAUUCUAGAUUGAGGAUUGUGCAUAGAGAUCUCAAAGCUAGCAAUAUUCUUCUUGAUAAAGAGAUGAAUCCUAAAAUUUCAGACUUUGGCAUGGCUAGAACAUUCGGAGAAGAUGAAACAGAAGGAAAAACAAACAGAGUAGUGGGCACUUAUGGCUACAUGGCUCCGGAAUAUGCUUUCAGUGGUCUCUUCUCAACUAAUUCCGACAUUUUUAGCUUUGGUACAAUCAUGUUGGAGAUUGUAAGUGGAAAGAGAAGUAUAGGUUUUCACCAUGAGAACAAUGAGGGGUUUACACUCAUUGGACGUGCAUGGGCAUUGUUAAAAGAAGGAAGGCCAUUAGAACUCAUCGAUGCACAAUUAAGGGAGUCAUAUGACAAUCUGCAGGAAGUGUUGCGUUGCAUACAUGUUGGUCUGUUAUGUGUGCAGCAACGUCCCAAGGAUAGACCAAGCAUGUCGUCUGUUGUUCUCAUGUUAGGUAGUGAGACUGAGCUGGCGCAGCCAAAACCACCAGGAUAUUUCAUUGAAAGAAAUUCACAAGAAGAUUGCUCCUCGAGUAAGGAUGAGUCGUUAUCGAAAAACACAAUGACCAGAACAACCAUCAUGGGCCGAUAAGGCUAUAUACUAUAUAACCAUAGCAUCUGCAUGCUUUGCAUCAAAAUAUCUAUUCUUUUAACCAACAUCAAGUUGAUAAAACCUUUUCUCAAAGAAGUGUUGUCUAGUGGGUGUGGUAGUUGUUGUCAAUGUAUCUGAGUUUUGUGUUCAAUUUCUAAUGGCUAGUAGUGGUCAACACAAUCCGUGGUUUGUUUGUAUUACUUUUCUUGUGUUGAAAGUUACAAUAUUUAGACAGAAAGGGAAUAAUUUUGUUUUGAAUAUGAAAAAUAAAUUCGAUUGUA